AUGUCCCCUUUUCUCUUUGCAAUUGGAAUGGAAUAUCUGUCUAGGUGUCUUUGUGAGCUUGGGAGGGUUCCUGAUUUCAAUUAUCAUCCUAGGUGUGAAAGGUUGGCUAUUACUCAUCUCAUGUUUGCUGAUGAUCUCCUUAUGUUCUCAAGGGCUGAUAAUUGUUCUGUCAAGCUUCUCUUUUGUGCUUUUCAGAAAUUCUCUCAGGCUUCUGGGUUAGUUGCUAACCUUUCUAAGAGUGAGGUGUACUUUGGGGGGAUCACUCAGGCAGAGCAAGAUACCCUUCUAAGUGAGCUUGGCAUGGCGACUGGUACUAUCCCCUUUAAAUAUCUCGGGGUUCCUUUAUCAUCAAAGAAAUUAACAAUUCAGCAAUGCAAGCCUCUUGUUAAUAAGAUCACUAGUAGAAUUAAGAGUUGGGCUGUAAGAUUUAUUUCUUAUGCUGGGAGACUCCAGUUGAUUAAGAGUGUACUGUUUGGAAUCCAAACUUACUGGGCUCAAAUUUUUGUUUUGCCCAAAAAAAUUAUAAAGGAGAUUGAAAGCAGGAGAAUGAAAGUGUGCAGCACUUAUUCUUUUUGUGUAGCUAUUCAAGCAGGAUCUGGUCAAAGGAACAAUGUUCUUUUCAAUGGGUGUUGUGAACCUGCUGAUGCUGUGUUUAAACAAGUGGUGUACAAGGUGGCUUGCAGGUGUAAAGAUGAAGAUAGAAAGAGGCUAUGCUGGGUGUAA